AUGAAGGUGGAAGCGGGGGACAAUUCCAUGAUCAACCUGUCGGUGCAGCAAGUGCUGAGCCUGUGGGCUCACGGCACCGUCCUCCGCAGCCUCACGGAGAUGUGGUACUGGGUUUUCCUCUGGGCUCUCUUCUCCUCUCUCUUUGUCCAUGGUGCUGUGGGAGUAUUAAUGUUUGUGAUGCUGCAGAGGCAUAGGCAGGGGAGGCUGAUCUCUGUCAUUGUGGUCAGCAUUGGAUUUCUGGGUUCUAUAACUGGAGCAAUGAUAACCAGUGCUGCAGUAGCUGGAAUUUACAGAGUAGCAGGAAAGAAUAUGGCUCCCCUAGAAGCUCUUGUCUUUGGCGUUGGACAGACAGUACUGACAUUAAUUAUCUCAUUUUCAAGAAUUCUUGCAACGCUUUGA